GCUGCUGCUGCUGCUGCCGCUGCUGCUGUGAGCAUCAUGACAGUGACUGUCAGCCUCAAACACUCAGUUUCUUGGUUUCAGACUUUCAGACCCGGGAGGAGACAUGGUUUUAGACUCAACUUGUUCUCCCUGUGUGAGCCAUUUUACACUUUUCAUUCUUGGUCUGAUCUUUGCUUUUUCCUCUACACAUGGUCAGGCAACUCGAGUGGACUGCACGUCAGAUCAUUUUCUGCCCAAAUAUCAACACUGUGGACAGCAGCCAGAUGGAGUCAAUGGUUUAGAAUGUUCAGGCAAAUAUAAUAACGUUAGUCAUCAAAGGUGUGCGUGGAAACCUGGCAAACACACGUCAAAAAAGACGUACACGCUCCUCAUAAAACAAGACAAGUAUUGCAAAAUACACAGGAACAUCACAGGCUUCUCCACAAGCAUCACAGUAUUUCAAAAGCGAAACAUGACCCUGGAGGUCGUGGAGAACGGUGAGUGGGGAAAUUGCACGAAAGCCGUUUUCAGUGCGUCACCAAAGAGCCUGUUGAGGUGUGACCCUCCAAACAAAGUGUCCUUCAGACGACACUCUGGAGAACUCAGCGUGAGCGUGAGCUGGCAGUCGGAGGACAGGAAAGCCGUCCAGUAUUUCUCUGUAAGAUAUAAAGCAGUGGGCAGCCUGAAGUGGAUCGAGCCGUCUGUCCAAUCCCAGGACAGACACAGACACAGUGUGGCACGUCUGAACUCGUCACUGUCCUACGUCGUCCAAAUACAGUGUGUCACCAAUGACAAGUGCUUACAGUGUCCACAGAGUGAGUCGUACACUGUCCCACAAGAACUGACUUCACCGCCUGUCAUUGUCAAACAUGAAGACACUGACGUUGUGGGGAAAACAGGCAGCAGACAGCUUUCUCUAACCUGGACGUUUCCUGCCACAGAGCCAAAUGACGGCUACUAUGUGACCAUAGUUAAAGCGUCAGGAGAAGAUCCACGUGAGCGGAUCAGCGUCACCGAGCCCGAGAUCACGCUGAUCCUCUCCUACUCUGCUUAUCAUCUCAACAUCAGCGCCGUCAACAACGCGAGCACCUCACCAGCCGUCAGCCUCACAAUACCAGAGAGAGACGGCCCUCCCAGUGCAGAGGAGAAGCUGAGCGUCAAAGUCCACAGUAACUCGUCUUUUACGGUGUACUGGAAAGACGAUCUGAUCAAAACCUACGUCUGCUUCUCUGCUGAGUGGAGGAAAAAGGGACAGAAAGCUGUGACAUCUAUGUCCUUUCAUCAGAAUGAAGAUAACUUUAACACCUUAACCGAUUUUACAGAGCCUCUGGAGCCUUAUAAGAGAUAUAGCAUUGCUCUUCACACACGACCAGAGAAGCGAACUUGCAACAUCAAGUACAUCAACAACAGUGAGAGCACCUACGCAUCGAGCCACUUCUAUUUCAUGGAAGGAUCUCCUGUCAGUGGUCCCAACAUCAGCAGCUAUAAUGUGACGCUGAACUCGGUGGUGCUGCAGUGGUUAUCCAUCCCAGAGGAAGACAUCAGAGGCUUCCUGCUGGGUUAUUUAAUCUUCUACACUGAGAAUUUACACAGAGGGACAAGUUUGGAGAGAAACGUGACGGUGGAUCCUCAGUCUGACACGUACGAACUGGGCGAUCUCAAAGCAGGAACCACAUACCAGGUCCAGGUAUCAGGUUUCACUCAGGCAGGAGUGGGAGUACGGAGCACAGCGUGUGUCUUCAAAACAAACCAUCAAGGAUAUUUCCAUCCUAAUCUCAGUGCUCUUAUCAUCAUCUUUGCCGUCGUGGCCACUGUGCUGAUAUUUUCGUCGCCGCUAAUUAAAAGAGCCAAAGUGGUCCUGUGGCCCAGCAUACCAAACCCAGGAAACAGCUACACAAUACAGAAAAUGGAAAGACCCGGUGAAAUGGAGCUCUUCACGUCCAUCUUCAGCACUCUGAAGAUCGAGGAGUGGGACACCAGCAGUCUUCAGAUAGUGGAGAGAGAAGACGAGGUUCCCCCCAUCAUAGUGCCAUUAGUGUUAUCAUUUCAUCACGACUCUGAGGACGAGGACUCAGCAGAAAGGACAUGUAACUGGAUCCAAAGUGCAAGUGGAGGUGAUGAUGCUCCGAAUAUCAUCUCCAACCUCCCAACGUCUACGUUUGCCUUUUCAAGUGAAUAUACAACAAUGGAGAUGUUUCAGCAGGCGAUGCCUCAGGUCGCACCUGCAGUGGACACAGCCAUCAGUCAGACAGGAGACAGUAGUGACGCACAGGACACCACUGUGGUUAAGACAAGUUUGGACCAUGUUGGACAACUCACUUCUAAUUCAAAUUAGGACAGCAAGGAAGUAACAACAACAAAUUGUCAGAUUUGGACUACUUUAGAACCACAAACCGAGGAUCAAGGACCGUGUAUCAUGAGUUCUUGCUCUGCUGUUGUUUUCUAUACCGUGUCAUAGAAUCUACAAGUAAUUAAUUUACCUCACUGUGUUUGUCAGCUGCUACAUUUCCAUCUAGACUAGAACAAGUGCAUUUCCUGAGGAGAUCCAGGAGAAAAAUGUUGAGUACAUUCUUUUUACAUAAAUUGUAAAUUUGAGUCAGAUAAUCCCAAAUAUUGUUUGCCAUACUAGUAGGAAUGUUGAGUCAUCUAACCCAUUGUUUUCCUAUCUAGUUGGAAUGCUGAGCCAGCUAAUCCCAACUAUCGUUAACUUAAUUAGUUGUAAAGAUAGAUUUGAUAAUCCAAAUUAUUGUUUUCGUAUAGAGUUGGUAUGCUAGUUAGUUGUAAAGAUGAGUCAGGUAAUCCCAAUUAUUGUUUUCCUAUCUAGUUGGAAUGCUGAGCCAGCUAAUGCCAACUAUCAUUUACUUAAUUAGUUGUAAAAAUAGAUUUGAUAAUCCAAAUUGCUGUUUUCGUAAAGAGUUGGUAUGCUAAUUAGUUGUAAAGAUGAGUCAGAUAAUCCCAAUUAUUGUUUGCCAAAAUAGUCGGAAUGCUGAGUCAGAUAAUCCAAAUUAUAGUUUACCUAACUAAUUGAAAUGCUGAGUCAGAUAAUCCUAACUAUCAUUUUCCUGUAAACCCUAUUCUACCAGCAUAGAAAUGUAUUUACUUUUACCACCCAUGGGCACCGUUUGCAAAACCUAAUAUUUUUACAUAGAUGCGUUUUUGGCGAAAACAUCAGAAAGAUCAAAAACUCUGGCGCCCCCUAGUGCCUGUUCCGUUUAAAAUUUAGCGAGGCUUUUGAUAACUUUUAAUGUCUAUCUUGUGCACAGUGGACAGGGAUGAACAGGCGUGCAAAUUGUUUGCAGCAAAGCCCUUAGAGAAAUUAGUUUAAAUAACAUGCGAAAUCACCAAAAAUCCUCCCAAAAUGGUACCUUCCUGUUGGGUUUCACUCAUGGGCCCAAUGGAAUUGUUAUUGUUUUAAUUAACUGGCCUGUGAAUGAUUUAAACAAUUCCAAAUGAUUUUAGUCAUUACAGAAAUGGCUGUAAAUGUGUCAUGUCAUGAUAGAUUUCCAUUAAUAAUGGGGGGUUUGAGAAAGAAAGAAAUUUAAUAUUUACACAAACUCUUAUAGCAAUGCAUACGAUAGGUGUCGAUACACUUGUGUUUGGAGCAAAGUGAUGCAACGACUAACUGCAGUCAGAUACAAACAUAAAACCCAUUAACCCGUCAGUCAGGAAACAAUUUAAUCACGGCCAGAAAUGCAGCGUACCCAGGUCACGUCUUUGUGGGACACCAAGGUCCACAUCACAUUUGAAAGACUAUUAAAAAAAAAAAAAAAAAAUCAUCAGUAGCAGAUUAUUUUCCACUGUGUGGUAAAACAGAGAAAUAAAAUUAAAUGUCUGAAUGAAAAGUCUCUUUAUUUUUUUAUUAUUUUUGGAAAGAGUAUGUAUAUAUUGUUUGAUUCAAACGGAAGCCAAACAGAUAUAUACAUUCACUCUCUUCAAAAA